AUGGCAUCCUCUCCAAGAAAAGGUUUCUCGUUUGACAUCCAUCAUUCCGGUAUGUUUCUGAAACACCCUUUAUCAUAUGUAGGUGGUAAGGUCGACACAAUCGAUAAUUUUUGUAUAAAAGGAAAUCUCACUAUGAAAUUUUUAAAUGAGGCUUUCCUAAAAAUAACAAAAACCACAAAAUGUACUAGUAUCCAUUAUUGUGUUCCUGGUAAAGACCUUAGUAAUGGAGGACUUAGGAUCAUCAAUGGUGAUGUGGAUUUGAAGAUAUUUCUUCAUCAUAUGUCGAAUACUAAUAGAAGAGUAUCUGUUUUUUUAAUUCAAUUUGUGGAUGACUUGAGUAAUUUCAUUGGGGUGGAUAUUAAUUUGAUUGAACAAUUUGGGAUUAAUAUUGAAGAAAAUGUAGUUGAAGAAAAUGUGGGGGACAAUAUUCAAGAUAAUAUUGAAGUAGAUGUUGUUGAGGAAGAAAAUGGUGGAGAAGGAAACAUGGAAAAUGUUGAAGAGUCAAGUUAUUUGCAUAGGCUAAAUAAUGAGGAAACAAACAAUGCAAACUUAGAGAAUGAUGAAGGGAUUGAAGAUGAUACAGAGAAAGGUCCUAGGCAUAAUCCUAAAGUUCAUUGGAAGGUGAUGAAACCAGUGUUGUUGGAAAGAUAUGAAAGCCCAAAGCAACUCAAACAGUGUUUGACUAACUAUGCUUUGGCAAAUGGAUAUCAUAUCUGUUAUGAGCAUAGUGACCAUAAGAAAAUAUUAGUUGUUUGUGGGAAGAAGGAUGAGGCAACUGGUAAAAGAUUCUGUCCAUUUAGGUUAUGGGCUACUUGGAUGAAAGGAGAGUGCUCAUUUCAGAUAAAGACACUUAUUGAUGAGCAUAGAUGUUAUAGAAAUUUUGAGGCUUGUUCUGCAGUGAAUUACAGAUUUGUUGCAGACAAGUUUGCAAACGGAAUUAGGCAAAAUCCCAAUAUUAAAUUGAAAGAGAUUCAAGAAGCAUUCAUGAAGAAGUUUAAGUGUAGUAUUUCAGCAAAUCAAGCUAUGAGGGCUAGAUUACAUGCAAAGUAUGAGUAUGAAGAGUCAGUGAAGAAGCAUUAUGAGAAACUGAGGGAGUAUGGAGCAGAAAUAUUCAAAAGAAAUCCAGGGAGUACAGUUAAGUUGAAUGUUUCAAGAAAUCCAGAUGGUAAAAUAUAUUUUCAGGGUUUUUAUGUGUGUUUUAAGGGGUUGCAAGAUGGUUGGAAGGCUGGGUGUAGGAGAAUUAUACAUUUAGAUGGUUGUUUUCUAAAAACUGUUUGCAAAGGUGAAUUAUUGUCAGCAGUGGGUAGGGAUGCCAAUAACCAUAUUUUCCCAAUUGCAUGGGCUGUUGUUACUGUGGAGAACAAAGAGAACUGGGCAUGGUUCAUUGACUUGCUUAAAGAUGAUCUUGACUUGGGCAGUGGCAAUGGUAUAGCAUUGAUGUCAGAUCAACAUAAGGGUCUUAUUGAAUCUGUGAAAGAUAUAUUACCCAGUGCAGAGCACAGACAAUGUGCUAGGCAUAUUUAUGCCAACUUUAGGAAGAGAUUUAGUGGGGUUUUGUAUAGGAAUCUAUUUUGGAGAAUUUGCAAGUCUAGUCAUCCUACUUUAUUUGAUGAAAACAUGAAAGAGUUGAAAGAGGCAAACAUUGAUGCUUACAAUUACUUGAUGAAAAGAGAACCAAAAACAUGGUGUAGGGCCUUUUUCAAAAGUGGAAUAGCAUGUGAAGUUGUAGAAAAUGGGAUUAGUGAGUGUUUUAACUCAAUGAUUGUUGAAAUAAGGAGGAAACCAAUUUUAACAAUGCUUGAAGCCAUUAGGGUUAUCUUAAUGGAAAGGCUAGACAAGAUGAGGAAACUGCAGGCUACAUGGAAUGAUGACAUCUGUCCAGCCAUAAGGAAAAGAUUGGAACUAGCAAAGGAUGAACAGAUCAAUUGGAAGGUGGUCCCAGGUGGAGGUGCUCAGUUUGAGAUAAUUAAAGAAUGUGAAAGCUACAUAGUUGAUGAAAAGAAACAAGAAUGCACAUGUAGAAUGUGGCAAUUGUUUGGUAUUCCUUGUCCUCAUUCUGUUGCUAUGUUGUUUUACAUUAGAAAGGCACUAGAAAAUUACGUGUCUAGCUGGUACAAAAUUAGGACUUUUCAGAGUACAUAUUCUUAUUGCAUUAAUCCAAUGAGUGGCAUAAGAGAUUAG